AUAUAAAGUUAUUAAAUAUUACUCAUAUCUCCAUGGACUUAUAGCAUUAAGUUUUCUCGUUGCAACUCGAAUCCAUUACACUGUUGAUGUCUUGUUGGCAGUAUUCAUUACAUACGCUGUACAUUCAAUAUAUUUCUUUAUAGUAGACCUUUGUAUAGAAAAACAUUUCCUUGAUAUAAGGAAAGCAGAAGAUCGAUUAGGAGAUGCAGAACUUUAUCAAAGGAUAGCAUAUAUGCCUAAUAUGUUUAAUACAAGUCUAGUAGGUGCAGUACGGUGGAUGGAUGGGUUAGAUAUUCGAUUUAGAUGUGAAGGCGAGGAGAUUCGCGAUAUAACUAGAGAACGUGCGAGACAACGACGUAAUAAUUCCAACACCAGUUCGAGCAGUGAGACGAGUGAGAUGACGCAAGUUGUGGUAACUAAUCCACCGCAAGAAGAAGGUGAGCCAAGCAAAAGGCAUGAAAUAUUAUAA